AUGAAACUUGCUGAAAGGGUGUCUAUUUAUAAAGGAGAUAUUACAAAAUUGGAGAUAGAUGCUAUUGUAAACGCAGCAAACUCACGUCUCAAGGCUGGGGGUGGUGUUGAUGGUGCCAUACACAGGGCAGCAGGUCCUUUGCUCCAGGAUGAAUGUAAUUCACUCGGAGGAUGUGCCACUGGAGAGGCUAAAGCUACAAGUGGUUAUGAUUUGCCUGCAAAGUAUGUAAUCCAUACGGUGGGCCCUCAAGAUGGGUCUGCUCCGAAACUUCAGUCAUGUUACGAAAAUUGUCUUGCUCUUAAAAGUGAAUGCCACUUUAGAUCCAUUGCAUUCCCGUGCAUCUCAACCGCAACAAGUGCUUUGGAAAAUAGUGAAGAUCUUGAAAACCAUCCGCUAGUCCGAAUGGAAGAUGUGCAGCCGGACAGAAGUUGUGAAGUGCUAAACAUACAACAAAUUGAUUGUGUCAACAGCAUUGAAGAUGCGUGUCUUCUUAACGAUGACGAUGACUCAAAUAUCGGCAGUAUGGUAUCCAUACAAUCUGAGGAGGUUAUAGAUUACCAAGACGACAGCAGCGAUAAUGCCGAAUUGAUUGUACCUGAUAUAUUAGAACCUAGACAAGAUGAAAGUCAUUCAGCUGCAGAAAUGUUAAAGCAAAAAGCUCCUGAAAGUUGGCCUACACUGGAAAUUCUUCCUGGUGGCGUUAUAAAGAAUGCUGACAAAUAUGAAGAUGAUUUAUCUUUAACAUGCCCUGUAACAGACAGAAAUAAAAAUGAAGUCAAGGAUAUGAAGUAUGUCUGCGCAAAAUGUUCUGAGAGUUUUGAUAAUUUGAUACUUCUUGUGAAACAUGUGCGUUGGCAUGAAGAGGAGCGUAAAAAAGAAAAUGAACUAAAGAAGCUAAAACAGCAAAGCAUCGAAAAGUGUUAUAUACAAACGUGUAAGCGAAAAAUUAUAUCGGAGAAGAAAACAAAACGUAAAGUGCCAAAGAAGUCA